AAGCGCUGUGGCAGACGGCUUGGGUCUGUCGCGUGGGUACUUGUCGCGUGUCUAGCCGGUGGUGGCUUCAGGCGCGCGCAACGAUGCUAACUCCUGCGUUCGAACUGACUCAGGACCGCGACUUCCUUACCGUCGCCAUCCGCGUGCCCCACGCGCGCGCCUCCGAGUUCGACGUGUACUUCGAGGGGGUGGACUUCAAGUUCUACGCCAAGCCGUACUUUCUGAGGUUAACACUUCCUGGAAGGAUUGUAGAAAAUGGAUCUGAGCAGGGAUCCUAUGAUGCAGAUAAAGGAAUUUUUACCAUUCGAUUGCCCAAGGAAACUCCUGGCCAGCAUUUUGAGGGGCUGAACAUGUUAACUGCGCUUCUGGCACCAAGAAAAUCCAGGUCUGCCAAACCGCUUGUGGAAGAAAUAGGUGCUUCCGGGGUUUCUGAGGAAGGAGCUGAUGAUGAGGAUGAAGAGUUUGACUGGGAAAUUGAGCAGACUCCCUAUGAAGAGGUCUCAGAAAGUACUCUGCGAUCGCAGUGUCACUAUGGAUUUGGAAACCUGCGAGCAGGUGUGGUUCAGCGGUUACAGGAUGAACUGAGUGAGGUUAUCGAUAUUAAGGAUCCAGAUUUCACUCCUGUGACUGAACGGAGGCAGAAACGCCUGGCCGCUGAGUUGGCCAAAUUUGAUCCAGAUCAUUAUCUAGCUGACUUCUUUGAAGAUGAGGCAGUUGAACAGGUUUUGAAGUACAGUCCUUGGUGGAACGAUGCGCACGCAGAAAUGAUGGCCUCUUUGGGAAAGAGCCAAGAGCAAGGGGAUGCUGCUGCCUUAGUAUCUUUUUCAGAAGAGGAAAAAUACCAGCUACGAAAAUUUGUGAAUAAAUCUUACCUGCUGGACAAGACAGCUCACCGUCAAGUGUACUACAGUUUAGUUGACAUCCUUCUGGCCUAUUGCUAUGAAGUACGCGUGACUGAAGGAGAGCACAACGUGGAGUCUGCGUGGACCAUCAGGAAGCUGAGCCCUACACUCUGCUGGUUUGAGACAUGGACAGACGUUCAUGAAAUCCUGGUGUCUUUUGGACGGAGAGUUUUGUGCUAUCCUCUCUAUCGCCAUUUCAAGCUGGUGCUGAAAGCCUACAGAGAUACUCUAAAGAUACUGCAACUCGGUAAGAGUGCAGUUUUAAAGUGUCUCCUGGAUGUUCACAAAAUCUUUCAGGAAAACGACCCAGCAUAUAUUUUGAAUGAUCUCUACAUCUCAGACUACUGUGUAUGGAUUCAGAAGGCCAAGUCCAAAAAGUUGGCUGCCCUAACAGAAGCUUUGGAAGCAGUCUCACUCAGUAAGGCCCAGCUGGGAUUCGAGCUGCUAGAACUGGAAGCUGCUGCAAUUCUUGUCCAGGAGGAAGAAACUGCCGGAAAGACAGCCCAGUGCAGUCCUACACAGCAGGUUCCACACUCCAGCCCUGAGCCCAGUGACUCAGACAGCACCUCAUCAUCUGACACAGAAGACUCAGCGUCGGUGCAAGAGGAGCUUGUCGGGACCCAGCCCUGCCUGCUCACUUCUCUGCAAGUCCCCCUUUUGGAAGAGGACAGUGCCCUGACCAUCAGAGAUAGUGGGCUCUGCAGAAACAUGGGCAGUCAGAAAUGUGAAGUUCGUCAAGGGCAGCCACUGGCCUCUCCCCGGGCUCCUCUGAUAGAGGAGGUUGGAGAUAGUGGACUCUGCAGAAACAUGGCCAGCCAGGGAUGUGAAGUCAGUCAAGGGCAGCCACUGGCCUCUCCCCGAGCUCCUCUGAUAGAGGAGGUUGGAGAUAGUGGACUCUGCAGAAACAUGGCCAGCCAGGGAUGUGAAGUCAGUCAAGAGCAGCCACUGGCCUCUCCCCAGGCUCCUCUGAUAGAGGAGGUUGGAGAUGAACUGAAGACCAUGCUUUGGGUUUCCACACCCAAUGCUGUCAAUGCUGGGAGCCACAGGAGUGUACAGGAUGCAGAGGAGAGGGAUCAGGUGCCCUGUGAUUGACUCAAGUGGGAGGCUCAUUAUGGGGCACUAGGUCAACUGUGAUCUCAUACAGAAGUGGAAUUUCUGAUUUUGAUUGUGUACAUUUUCUGUGUGGAUACAGGACAUUGUUUUUCAGUGAGCUAACAUUUGUACUUUUCAAAGUUUUUAUUUUGCAACUUGAAAAAUACAGUUCUAAAGUAUUCUUUAUAAGGUAUAAAUAAUUAAAAAUGAAGACCAUAGUUCUAUUAGGAAAAUCUCUAGACCAGUGGUUCUCAACCUUCCUAAUGCUGUGACCUUUUAAUACAGUUCCUCAUGUUGUGGUGACCACCAACUAUAAAAUUAUUUUGUUGCUACUUCAUAA